AUGGCCCCGGCCCUCCGGCUGCGCGGCAGCCGCAUCCUCUGGCUCGCCUGCGCCCUGCACCUGGCCCCCGCGGCGGCCGCAGGCCUGUACGAGCUGCGCCUCGUCUCGGACGGCCCGGUCACCACGGGGGCGGAGGUGAACGUCACAGCCAGCCUGGAGGCCAAGGACAACGGCAGCCUGGUCCUGCCCGCCGGCGCCCGUGCCUUCCGCUUCCACUGGGUGCACAGCCCGCUGCUGCUCACGGGGAAGACGGACGAGGCUUUCCGGUCCUCCAUCCGCGCCGUGGGCUCCGUGCCUGGGGACUUCCCCGUCUCCGUGUGGGUCACCGCCGCCGACUGCCACGCGUGCAAGCCCGUGGCGCGGAGCUUGGUCGUCCUCUCCUUCACAGAGUCCAUCGUGGGGAAACUCGUCAUCGCCCAGAACGAAUCCCUGCCCUGGCCCAGCAGCUACCGCUUCAAGAUGGUCUUUAAAGCGUCCUUCCUCCUCCAUGACCCCAGCGACUUCUUCAGGAACGCCUCCUUCCUCUACAACUGGGACUUCGGAGACCGCACCCAGAUGGUGACGGAAGACCCCACCGUCUAUUAUAAACGCUCCAUCAUGGGCACCUUCACCGUGAAGCUCAAAGUGGUGGCCACGUGGGAGCAGGCGGCGCCGGCAGCCGGGAAGGGCAUCGUGCAGAAGACGGGGCACUUCUCGGACUCGAUGAAGCUGCAGGAACACCUUCGGGACAUCCAGGUCGUGGGGCCCAGUCAAAUUGAAGCCUUCCAGGAGGUGACAAUGACCUUGAAAUUCCUGGGGAGCCCCCCGCUGAACGUGUGCUGGAGGGUCCAGUUGGAGUGCUUCCCGCUGAUGGAAGAGGACUGUCGCCGGGAGUCGGUGACCGGCACAGUCUACAACAUGACCGUCAUCCUCAUGGACCCCGGGGACUACUGCAUCAACAUCCGGGGCCAGAACGCCGUCAGCAUCACCUAUGUGUACCACAGGGUCCAGGUGUGGUCCCCCUUCUUCCAGCCGGCUAGCUUUGCUUUCCCUUAUCUCUAUGCCAUACUGACCUCCAUGAUGAUGGGAUUUAUCAUCUUCAUGAUCCUGAAGAAUACUGGUCAACAGAAGGACGUGGUGGAGAACCCGGAGCCCCUUACUGAGGCCAAGUGCUGCCCAAUGUGCUGUGUGCCCUUCCUGCUGGAGACCCCGUCUGAGUACCUGGAAGUCGCCCGAGAGAACCAUGAGCUGCUGCCACCCCUCUCUAAGUCUGUCAAAACUUUCACAGUGUGA